CCCAUGUAUGUAAAAAUGGAAUCAAAGAGGUAUAACCUGUAUGCCCACACCCGUCUGGGCUACCUGUUCUACAGGCGGCAAGUGAAGAAAGCACGGGAGCGUUAUCCUCAUGGGCAUUCUCUUCCCCAGCCGGUUGUCUUCAGUGGAGUGAAGAUCCUGCCCAUCCCUGUCCUCUCCAAUAACUACAGCUACCUUGUUAUUGACACUGGCUCCAACUGUGCUGUAGCUGUAGACCCUUCUGACCCGUUGGCUGUGCAGUCAGUGAUUGAGGAAGAGAAGGUGACACUGGAAGCCAUCCUGUGCACUCACAAACACUGGGAUCACAGCGGGGGCAACGCAGCAUUGCGGCGGCGGCACAGCUCUUGCAGAGUCUACGGCAGCAGUUAUGAUGACAUCCCUGAACUGACAGACCCCCUGUCAGACAAGGAGACCAUCACGAUAGGGCGUUUGAACUUCAAGGCCCUCUUCACUCCAGGGCAUACUGUGGGCCACAUGGUCUACGUGCUGGACGGGAAGCCUUUUGAAGGGCCAGCCUCUCUCUUCUCAGGAGACCUCCUCUUCCUCUCUGGCUGUGGUCGAAUAUUUGAAGGGACCCCUGAAACAAUGCUGGCAUCGCUAGACACAGCAGCUGACCUUGCCGAAGAUACACUGCUUUGGCCAGGGCACGAGUAUGCAUUAGAGUGCCUAAUGUUUGCAAACCUUCUGGAACUGGAGAACCCUUUCCUGGUGCAGAAGCUGCAGUGGGUGAAUCAGCAGCGUGUUGAGAAGAGAAGUACGUGUCCUUCCACCAUUGGUGAGGAGAAACAGUACAAUCCUUUCCUACGGACCCACUGUCAGGCAGUGCAAGAUGCCAUGGGCCUGCAACGCCAAAGGGAUGAGGACUGGGACAUUUUCCGAGCCCGAGUACUGAAGGCAGUGCGGCUACGGAAGGAUGUCUACAAAGCCAAUCAGUGACUGGGUUUAGUACCAGGCUGAAGCAGGGUCUGCUGCGUGCGAAGGCCAGGCCGGGCCUCUGCAAGGAUGCGUCCAGUUGCAAGAUGGCCUCUGACUGAGGAAAGAUCUACUUGGAUGCUGACCUCCUUUGGUGUGAAGCAGGUGGCAAAACAGAGGGUCAAGCCUGUUUACUGAGUGCCCCCCCCGCAUUCCCAGAACAUCUGAUGGCUGGAGCUAUUUAUCCAUAUAAUCUGAAAAGUUGGUCUGCUGCCUUUCCGUCUAAAGUGUCGUCAUUCCAUGGAGGAUUCAGUGGAAUUGUAGAAGAUCUAGUGUGUGUCGGCUCCUCUGUGCCCUGUUGUUUUGGAAUCCAGCUUAUCUCAGGAGCAAUAGGAGGGAGAGAAGAUGGAAGAGCAAAGGGCAAAACAUAAAGAGAUGCUGAUAUCUGUGAAUUUCAUUUCUGAAGGCAUAGGUUUGUUUUGGAGUAUGCCUGCCCACCAUUAGCUCAGGGGGAUCUCCUGGAUCGUUUUAAUAGCACAACCGCAAUAUGUUGUCCAGAGAUACUGUUCUGCAAAGGUGAAGCAGAGGUCCUGUUUCAGCUUCCGAAUCUUGUCUGCCUUUGCCUUCCUCCUGAGUAGUUCAGCUACAUCCAAGGAGAGAAGGACAUGUCCUGUUGUUCUUCCUCUUCAGCCCAUUCCUUCUGUUCAGACUUCUGUUAAACUGUACUUUUUCACAGUGUUAUUGCAUUCAAGCAGAUUAUUCUGGAAAGACAGAUGAUCAGCAUCCAGCAGUUCUGCAACUGCCUUUUAAAAAGCACAAGCUCUUGUUGGGGUUCAGGCCUGUGGUGACUGUACGUCUCCCCAGGGAGCAUCCAAGGAAUGGAGCCACGGAAUGCAGGCUUCCUCCUACCUCGGACAAGAAGUGGCCAGUCCUCAAGGGGUGGCUCUCUAGCAGAUACAUGAUGUCCUUUUGCUGACAUCCUGUGCAAGUGUCAUGCUGGGGAUACUGUUCAGUAACACUAUGGGGAUAUUUCACUAACACUCAAUCCAUCUGGCCACUAUUUGUGUGCAAAAUGCAUGCAACUUUUCUCCUUUACCUCCUAGUUCUGGCCAGAUGGGCUAUUAUUUUUAAGUAGAAAUGGAAGAAUUGACUUCUUCUUCUUCUUUUUUUUUUU